UGAGAGAGGAAGUGCUCCAGCAAUGCCCGACAUUUCUUACAAUGCCCCCGGCGUAAGAUUGCAUCUAUAUCCCCGGAAAGCCGAGUGCUGCUGUAAAUAACAGUCGGCCGUGGGCAGCUGCUUCUGUUCGUCAGCCCCCCGGCGAGCUCCUCAGCGCUCCUCCAGCACCGCGCCGUCCUCCACUGGGGAGUUCUCCCUGGACUCUCCCUUGAAAGGGAAAUCUCUGAGACGAGGCAGCCCGCAGCAUCACCACCAAGCAAGCCGCAGCCCAGCAGGCACCAUCAGAAGGAGUUGUAAGCUGUGAUGGGUGAUUGGAGUCUCCUGGGAAACUUCCUCGAAGAAGUACAGGAGCACUCGACGACUGUAGGCAAAGUGUGGCUGACCGUUCUCUUCAUCUUCCGCAUCCUGGUGCUGGGCACAGCGGCCGAGUCCUCCUGGGGCGAUGAGCAGUCAGACUUCAUGUGCGACUCGGAGCAGCCGGGCUGUGUCAACGUGUGCUACGACGCCGCCUUCCCCAUCGCCCACAUCCGCUUCUGGGUGCUGCAGAUUGUUUUUGUUUCAACCCCCUCCCUCAUCUACAUGGGACAUGCCAUGCACACGGUGCGCAUGGAGGAAAAGCGGCGGCAGCGGGAGGAGGAGGACCGCGGCGGGGGCGGCGGGAGUGGGGACAAGGUGUAUCCCGAGGAAAAGGAGUCCGGGAAGGCGGAGGGAAUGGCAAGAAUUCACCUGAAGGGGGCGCUGCUCAAGACCUACGUAUUGAGCAUUCUGAUCCGUACAGUCAUGGAGGUCACCUUUAUAGUGGGACAAUACAUGAUCUAUGGCAUUUUCCUCAACGUCCUCUAUAAGUGUGACACAUGGCCCUGCCCCAACCCAGUCAACUGCUACAUGUCACGGCCAACAGAGAAGAACAUAUUCAUUGGCUUCAUGCUGGUGGUGGCGAGCGUCUCGCUCUUACUUAGCAUGUUGGAGCUGUACCACCUGGCCUGGAAGCAGUCCAAGCGCUGCCUCAAGGUCUGCACCACCUCCAGGACCCUCAACCGCCAGCCCAGCGCCAUAGUGACUGUGGCCCCUGAGCCCAAAGGCCCGGCCCACCCGUCCAUCCCUUGCACUCCUCCGCCGGACUUCAAUCAGUGCCUAGUGGCGGCUAGGCCACAUGCUACUAGCUGCCAGAUAUUCAAUGAUAGGAUGGCCCACCAGCAGAACUCAGCCAACCUGGCCACGGAGCGCCACCAAAGCCACGACAACCUGGAGGUAGAAGACUUCUUGCGGAUGAACUAUUCACAGGGCGGGGAGGUGUCCAAUGGCUGUGGUCCUCCCGAACUGCCCUCCCACAGCUUCUUCAAGGACAAACGCCGCUCCAGCAAGACCAGCGGCUGCAGCAGCCGGGCGCGGAAUGAUGACCUGGCUGUGUAGACCCCGGGGUGAGAGGCCUCCAGCAGCACUGACCCGUAGAUACACCCAGACACUGUACAAUCCCGACGACUGUGAGUGUACCUCUGACUGGAGACCGUGCAGUCAAGAGGAACACAAAUGUUGUAAAAGUUUGUUUGAUCGCGAGGAGCGGUUUAAAAACUGCUAGUUUGUACAUGGCACUCUGAUUAUCGUGCAACACCCUGCAAUCUUGAAACAUCAGAUGCAUGCAUAUCACAUUUUAAUCACAUGAAUUGUAGUAUGAUAAGAUCUAUCUACAAACAUAGAAUCAGCAUCUAUAAAAUAAAAGUUAAAACUGCAGUCAGCACCUGUUUGCACAUUUUGAACCUAAAAUCUUAGGCAGAAAAAAAAACAAUUUCCCAAUAUAGUGGUAUGUCUCGUCAUGAAAGGCAUAUGAGCUAUCUAAUAAAAUAGUAUGAUUGACCAUUAUUAUGAACACAGAGGUAGGUGACCAAAAGACUGAAUGAGAGUGCGGAAAGGGCUAUUCUCUAUAUCAUAAAGUUUGUUGCCAUCACUUGUGACUGAUGUGAACAGCAUAUAAACCCAUUUUUUGCAUAUAAAUCUCUUUGUGUAUGAAAAUGUCACUUUAUGUAUACCUGCUGUACUGGUUUUCAUUUCAUGUAUAUAAUUUUUUCAAAUUACUGUGAAUUUCUCCUUUUUUAAACUGUAAUUUGAUUUUGUCAGGUUAUUUUUAUUACAAAGCUUAUUUUGUUGAAUAAAUCAUGCAAGAGAAUGUACAAUUAAGCACAACAUGCUAAAGACAAAUGGUUUACAACAAGGUAAAGUUUAUUUUUAACACAAACAGAACCACUAAAAACUACAGCAAUUUUAGUUUCAUUCAAAUUUAAAACAAUAUAUAAUAUUUUAAUAUUCAGUACUGUGUGAAAGUCUUAGGCAGUCAAAGAAAAUGUGUAAAGCAAUUUAUCUGGGUAGUAAGUGCAUGCAUAUAUUUGCUCAGAAAGAAGCACAAUUCACCAUUAAAACAUAUACAAAUUAACAGUAAGACAAUAAAACUAACAAGAAUGUA